AUGACUGAAAACAUUCCACAGUUUAAGUUGCUGUUGGUGGGUGACGGCGGCGUCGGUAAGACCACCUUGGUGAAGCGUCACUUGACGGGAGAAUUCGAAAAGAAAUAUAUUCCUACUCUUGGUGUAGAAGUACACCCUUUGAAAUUUCGCACCAACUUCGGCGUCAUCCAGUUCAAUGCCUGGGAUACCGCUGGACAAGAGAAGUAUGGUGGCCUUCGCGACGGUUAUUAUAUUAAAGGAGAGUGUGCCAUUAUUAUGUUUGAUGUCACAUCUAGAAUAACAUAUAAGAAUGUUCCUAAUUGGCAUAGAGAUAUUGUCCGAGUCUGUGACAACAUACCCAUGGUCCUCUGUGGCAACAAGGCUGAUGUCAAGGAGAGGCAAGUUAAAGCCGCACACAUACAAUUUCACAGGAAGAGAAAUCUACAGUACUAUGACCUUUCUGCCCGUUCAAACUUCAAUUUUGAACGGCCUUUCCUUUGGUUGGCACGACGAUUGACUAACCAGCCGCAGUUGGUUUUCGUGGGAGACUGUGCUAAGGCGCCUGAAAUUCAAAUAGAUCCGGCUUUGGUUGCACAAUCUGAGAGAGAACUAGCCGCCGCAGCCAGCUGUGCCAUCGAUGAUGACGAUGAUCUCAACUAA